AUGGGCAAAUUUUGGUCAGACGAAGAAUGUCGGGUCUUUAUCGACCUUAUCAUGCCCCUUAGGAACCAAGCCGACCCUUUGGAUUGGAAGGAACUUGCACCAAUCAUGGAGGCAGAGAUGCAAAGUCGAGGACCUCUUAGACGACAAUAUACAGCAAAUGUCCUAUUUCUGCACUGGUAUCAGAGAGUCAGCCAGAGAGCCCAAGGAAGAGGAGAGGUGGACCCCCGCAACCUCCCUGGGCCCCAGAGACCACAGGCUCGCCCGGCUACUAAUACUCCGCAAAAAAUCCCUAAAAGAAGCUACAAGAAAAAUCCUACUAUACUGAAAGCCCAUGGCAUUCACCAUCGAAAUCAACCGUCCGAAAUUUUAGGAGACGACAAUAACGACGAGAUUGAGGCGGAUGUGGAGAGCCAGGAGACCAAUGAAGAAGACGACCGGCAUACUAGUCUAUAUCAACAGCCUUCCGAUGCCUAUGACGAUAGAGGGGAUGGGGAUGGCGAUGACUCCACUCGGCCAAAUACCACCAGACAGGGCCAAGUUUCAAUUAACCAUAAAGAUGAUAAAGAUGAUCAUCUUAUGGCCAGGCCGCCACAGACUCGCGGCAAUACAUUUACAGACAUGAUGAAGAAACAAGGCGCCAGAAAGCGGGCACAUUUAUUAAUGGAGGAUCUCGAAGCCGAUGAAGCGCUGAACUACGUCCCUGAGAAAUUAAGAAAGGGGGACCGGAAUACCGACGCUAACAUAGCGGACGCCAUGUCCCACAAUCGCAAUCGAUCUGAUGGCAGUCUGAAGCCCCAAGGGGCAUUAGGAAUAAAGACGACCAUCGGGACCUCGAGGGGAAGUGGAACAUUUAGAGCAAAACCAGCAGGACGAGCAAGUGGAGCAGUCAACACCAUGAAAGCUGCCAAUGCGGUAGACAAGUCAACCCCUCGAAGAGCAGAAGAAUCUAGGCUUGAGCAAGAAGGUCCAGAACAUACUGAUUACAUUUCAACGCCCGAUCCCGCUCUCAGGGGCAGGAACUAUACGGCAGCUUCCCUAGUUGAAAAUAUGCCGACUCGGUUUCCUCUCAAACCUACAAACAAACAAACUGUUGACUCUGGUUUUCGAGCGCCAACUAAAGCUAUACCUUACCCACUGUCUACAUCCCAGUCGAACUCAAAUUUUGACGAGAAGCCAUUCGCGAGUGCUUACAAGACGAUUCGGUCAAGCAAGCAGACUCCCACAUCUAGUCCAGUGGAGAGCAUCCAGACCGAGACUCCAUCGAGACCCACAAAGUCCAAAGCACGAACUCCAUUGCCUAGUUCACCUAUAACUCAUUCUUCCGACGUACAUCCUAUCACAGUUAUACUUCGACAGAAGCGGUUUCAAGAGGCUUCCUCUUCUUCCACAUAUGCUCCAAUUUCACUUCAAAACAAUGCUCCUGUAGCAAGUGUAACUGGUAAGAAUCAGUUCCAAAGCAUCAAUAAGGACGUCGCCCCUUCUUCGCCAGGACACAGCAGAUCAUCAAGCCACCUUCCCCCACCACCGCCUCCUAGACCACAGAGCAGACCGGAAAAUAACGUUUCCCCACCACCACGGGCAAGCUCUGCACCUAGUCGACCGGUAGGAGGGCAAACGGAGACCUGGCGAGUUCCUCCGCGUCUGCCUCAGCGACAAUCUGUGUCGUCUAGUAACAAGGGAACUAAUACCUCGGCCUCCCCGCCAUCCCCUGGAAUCCCUUUAAGGGAAAACCCCCGAGCACGGCCUCCUAGUUCCACUUCAGCGUCAGGGGCAACGGGCUCAACAGACUCAUCGCCACAUCCUCCCUCGAGUUGA